CUCUACUCGUAUCGUUUCAUACCUAACCGGGACUUUUGUUAUCAAUCAAGUUGGAUGGUUUUAUUUUUGAUAAGUAAAUUAUCUCCGUUGUCCGUUGGUUGCAAAUAUCUUUGUAGACACACAUAAUCGCAAAUCAACUAAUAGAAAGAACAUGAUGAAGUGACAAAGAAAUCAUUUUAAGUGCAUCGCGACAAAUAACUUAGAAACUGACGUGGCCGUCAAUUCUAGCAAUUCCUAAUAGCAUACGAGUGUGUGGCGUUAUGAUCAUUGCUUUUAUAAGCUGAACGCUGGGUAAUUCGGUGCAUAGUCUGAUUACGUACAGGUUUAGAAGAGCAUUACCGGACGUGGAGGUUGACACUAGUUAAUAUGCCGUACUAACGCAGAUAUUGGGUUGGCUUUCCACUAAGGGCAGUCGUUAAAGGGGCGGUGGGCGAAGGGGGAGUGGGCGUGGCAUCUCCAACCACCCUUUUUGGAGAGGACAUGAACCGCCAUUGACAAAAAUGUCACCCCCGACGUAGGCCCCCUAUGGUUCCCUUGGGAUCCCUUAGAAAAAUGGCAAAAAAUUACAAGUUUCCCCCAGAUAUAUUUCUGUGAAGGCUAAAUAAUAAAAAAAUUCACACAACCAUAACUCACAAACAGAGGUCAAAAAUAUCCAUCCCCAAUUUGAAAGUAUCGUAAAAUAACCGUCAAUAGUUAAGAGAAAAAAUAACCCACAAAACAGAACAGGUGGUUUAUGCGGAGCCAUUCAAAUUAUUAAUUUUGUCUUGUCGCAAAUAUGAGUUUAUCAGAUAUUUCGAGCAAAUUCACUGAAAAAACUUUGGACGAAAUUGUCCAAAAGGCAGGUGGUACCAAACACACUUCCUACAAAUUUGGGCCAGGUUUCAAGAAGGGCGAUUCUUAUCUAAGCAAAGUGUUUCGGCUCACUGUUGACGGCGUUAAUGAGAAAAAUGGCUCGGUCCUUGAUCUCCAUCUCAUUUGCAAAGGUAUGCCCGACAACGUCGCACGCAGAAAAGUAUUUCAUUCCGCCGACUUCUUUCGCAAUGAAAUAAACUUCUACACAAAGGUUGUCCCUGCCUGGGAGGCUUUCCAAGCUCGUCGCAAGCCCGCAAAUCCUUUUACCGAAUAUCCAAGAUGUUUUGCAUCACAUUGUGAUGGCGAAAACGAUUUCAUUGCACUAGAAAAUGUCAGUUUCCGAGGUUAUGGUGCACCAAACAGACAAGAUUAUAUUUCAUUGGAAGAUGCUUUGUUGACAAUGCGAACAUUGGGUCGAUUUCACGGUAUUUCUUUGGCUUUCCGCGCUUUGGAACCAGAAAACUUUGAGGCGGCAGCAAAAGGUUUGGAGGAAACCUACUACAAUGAAGGUAAACGUUCCUGGUACAUUGGCUUUCUUGGUUUAGCCUGCAAUGUAGCCAAAGAUGCUAUUGAAAAAACCUAUCCCGGCACUAAAUACGAAACUAUAGCUGCUAAAUUUUUACAACCUACACCGCUGUAUGACGAUCUUAUCAAGCUCGUAUCUGCAGAUUCUCCCUUAGCUGCUAUUGGACAUGGCGAUUGUUGGACGCCAAAUUUCUUAACUCGUUACUCAAAAGACAAUAGUCCAGAGGCAAUUAUAAUAAUUGAUUUUCAAUUGGCGCGUCGAGCUUCUAUCGCUUUAGAUAUAUCAUUCUUCAUAUACUCUUGUACAAGUGAGGAGCUGCGGGCGAGGCACUAUGAACAGCUAUUGAAAGAAUACCACCAAAGUGCUUCUGCACUCAUCGCCGACUUAGGCGCUGAUGUGUCAACUGUUUUGAGUUGGCAAGCAUUUCAAAAUGAGCUGCAACAUUUUGCUCGCUUCGGUUGUGGCAUGGGUAUUGAGUCACUGCCCAUGUCACUUAUCGAAGAUGAUGAAGUCGCCGAUUUGGAUGAUAUGAAGGAGGAUGCGGUGCUCACUGAUGUUUGGAACAUCAAACCGUUCAAGGAGCAAAGAAAGCGCGAACGUAUUGCACAGAUAUUCAAACAUGCCAUCGAUCAAAGCUAUAUAAAGAAUUAAAGUCACAAUAAGUACAAUAAAAUUGCCUAUACAUAUAUUUUUAGUCAAAAAUUGUAACAUUCAUUUUUAUUUUUAAUAUUACUAUAUGCGAAUUUAAAUAAAUACAUUUCUGUACAUAUUUUAAAAC